GUAGUUGACACCUUCAUAUUUUAAAUUAUACUUUUAUAAGUAUUUACACUUAUCAUUAGACUUUUACAUAAGGGAUAUACAAAAUUAAUAUGUGAAUUACUUUUGAUAGAUAUAUUUAACAACAUGUGUGAUAAUCGGUGUCAGUUAUUCCACAGAGAGAAUUACAAGAAAGAAGAAUUUUUACGUAUGAAAUGGUUUUUAAAGAAUCAACAGAAACUAAUAGACAAUUUAGGUAUUGCAAAGAGCACAAUACAAAGUAAGAUAAAAAGCAAAGAAAAAGAAUUGCCAAAAAAAGAUGAGAUCGAGCCAAAAAUAAGUAAGAAAUACAUGCCAACAUGGAGACCACCUAAGCUUGAUGGUUCUGUGAAUAUUGACAUGAUGAAACCAAUAGAACCAGAAAUACGUGCCAUUCUUUAUGAAAAAGGAGUUGAGAGUUUUAUUUGCAGCAAUAAUUAUUUUCGUAAAAGAUUACAGAAAUUACCAGAAGAUCGUUUUUAUUUUCCCGAUUGUACAAAUUGGCUUUAUGGAUGGCGUCUCAAUGAUUAUAGUUUACCUCCCAUUAGUAAAUUUGGUGCCAAAGCUGUUAUACAGGCUCAAUUUUAUCAACGGACUGCAUCUUGUCUACAACGAGACCCAGACUGGUAUCGUAAUUGUCAAACGAAUAAUCCAAAAAAUUUCAAUGAUUUAUUGACUUACUGACUAGUACUAAUUAGGAGUACUGUUAAUUUUAUUACUAUUUUUAUCUUUUUUAAUAACAAUCAAUUUUGUUUUUCUACAAGUACAUACUGACAAAUUUUAUCAUAUUUAUCUAAUUUUUCAUUUGAAGUCUGAUCCAUUUGUUGUGAAUAAAUAGAUUCUGAAGGUAAUGCAAA